CUCUCUCUCACUUCACACACACUCUCUCAUACAUUCAAUCAUCGCCCCUCCUUCUGGAAUUUCACUUUCUAGGGUUCGGGAUUCUCUUCGCUUUUUUGCCGCGGAAGGCUCUGUGAUAUGAUCUUUUUCUGCUUUUUUAUUUUUCUCUGAAUAUCCUCUUCUUCUUUUAAAAGCUGGCGUUGAAUCGUGUAUACGAUUCGUAUAUCCUAUGAUCUUCUGGUUCGGGUUUUACUACUCGAUCCGAUUACUGUUGGGCGGAGCUUGCAUGUUUCCAGUGAUCGAUCUGCCGUUUUCUGUAGCAUAUCGUUGAUAAAGCGUAUUUAAGCGUCACUGUUUUUAAAAAUUUUAAAACUUCUAAUCAUGGAUUCGGAUCUGUUUUUCGGGGUUUGGAACUGCUGCUCACGGAGUUGACUGCUUUGAAAGUGGUUCCAUCAAUAAGAAUUGCAUUCUAUGGCGCACUAGAAACUGCUGUUAUUUGACUUAGAUGGUAUGCUAUAGCUGCCUGAGGUCUGUGAUCAUACAUGCUGGACAAUUUGGAUUUAUUCGAACUGGACAUAAAGGGAAAUACAGUGUGGGAAGACAGUUUAACAAAUUUCCUGGAUUCUUGAAUGUAAAUAGCAGCACAAAGUAUACUAGUUGGGGUAACAGGUUUACAACAAUAAGAAAGAUGAUGGUGGACACUGGUUCAACAGCUAAACAUGAACCAGAACUUGAUGCUUUGCCACAGAAGGAUGAUAAUGGCGGUUAUUCUAGUGGGGGAUGGAAGAGUGAGGAUGGAAGAUUGAGUUGUGGUUAUUCAAGCUUCAGAGGAAAGAGAGCCAGCAUGGAGGAUUGUUACGAUAUUAAGACUUCUAAAAUUGAGGGAGAAACUGUUUUUUUGUUUGGGAUAUUUGAUGGCCAUGGUGGUUCACGUGCAUCUGAGUAUUUAAAGGAGCAUCUUUUUGAGAAUCUGACUAAGCAUCCAGAGUUUCUAAAAAACACUAAAUUAGCUAUAAGUGAAACAUAUCAACAAACAGAUAAGGAAUUUUUGGAGUCUGAAAAGGAUACUUUCAGAGAUGAUGGCUCUACUGCUUCAACGGCAGUUCUAGUUGGCAAUCAUCUAUAUGUUGCAAAUGUUGGGGAUUCACGGACCAUUAUAUCAAAGAAUGGAAAAGCAAUUCCCCUUUCUGAGGAUCAUAAACCAAACAGAAGUGAUGAGAGAAAGAGAAUUGAAAAUGCUGGAGGUGUUGUAAUGUGGGCAGGCACUUGGAGGGUUGGAGGUGUCUUGGCAAUGUCCCGUGCCUUUGGUAACCGAAUGCUGAAGCAAUUUGUUGUUGCUGAGCCUGAGAUUAAGGAACAAGAGAUCAAUGAAGAUCUAGAAUUGCUGGUGCUGGCAAGUGAUGGAUUGUGGGAUGUUGUACCAAAUGAGGAUGCUGUUUUAAUCUCACAAAGAGAAGAAAAGCCUGAAGCAGCUGCUAGAAAGCUGACUGAGACUGCAUUUACUCGAGGCAGUGCAGACAAUAUCACCUGCAUUGUUGUGAAGUUCCAUCAUGAAAAGACACCACAACCAGAGGGAAGCCAACAACAGUGAUGCACUUGCCAACAUUGCAUGUGCAGAUUUUUUGAAAUGUAGGUAUUCCAUGGGAAAAAUGCUGGGGCGAUGCACAAUGGGCAAUGGCUGAUUCACAAUGAGCAAUGGCUGAUUGUCGACAUCACGGUGACAGUUAUUUGUUCAUUCAUUCCUCUUCUCUUUUUUAUUUUUUAUUUUAAAAAAUAUAUAUUUUCCACGUUCCUCUCAGUAUUUUUCAGUCAUCCGUUUGUGUUGGUGUAUUUCCCCUUGUUUGUAGAGUUUCAUGUUAAAACUUUAUUCAAUAAAAGAAAAGUGCAAAGCUUCAUAUUUGCCCCUGCCA